AUGGCUUCCUUCAUUUGUAAGGAUGAUUUUUUUAUUACUCUCCGGUUUUUCUUUCUUCAGGCAAUUCUCGCAUUUUUAAUCUGCCUUCCAUUUCUCCUUAGUUUUUGCUUUCGUUCGUCUUUUCUUACGCAUUUCAUUUUUUCAUUCAUUUCCUUUCCUUUCAUAUCAAUUUUUUCUUCGAGUUUGUCUUUUCUUCUUUAUGCAAAUCGUGUUUUUUGCGCCAUUACUUUCUUUGGGUUUUUUUUUUCAUUUCUUUCCCAAAAUUUUCUCCUGCUCUUAUUCUUCUUCAUCCUCUUGUAUCUUUUGGCUUUUAUCAUUAUUAGUUCUUUCGUCUUUCAUUUUGCCUUUUUCUUGGUUGAAAUCUUUCUUUUUGCUUUUCUCUAUCUGAAAACUAACUUCGCUCACUCUCUUUCUUUUCCUUUCUUUUUUCUCCAUUCCAUCUUCCUUUAUUUCUCAUUCUUCGUUUUCUUUUCCUCUCUCUCUCUCUCUCUUUUUCUCUGUCUCUCUCUCUCUAUCUAUCCAUCUAUUUAUCUAUAUAUCUAUCUCACUAUCUAUCUAUAUAUAUAA